AUGUCUACUAAUAAUAAAAAUGAUGAUUGUAACGAAUCUAAUGUUAUUAUACAUUGUGAUCGUGAUUGGAAAUUUUUAGAAAUAUCUAAUCAAACACCAGAUUUAGAUUGUUUUUCAAUAAAUUAUGAUGAUAAUCAUUGGAAUAAUAUUGAUUUACCACAUUAUAAUAUUAAACAUGAUUCAUCAACAUAUUGGUAUCGUAAAAAAUUUGAAUGGAAAUAUAAAUCAGAUAUUCAACAACAACAACAACAUAUUUAUUUACAUUUUAUUUUAUCUGAUUAUAAUAAGGAAAUAUUAAAUAAUAAUAAUAAAAUUUCAGAAAUAAUUAUAUGGUUAAAUCAAAUACCUAUUUAUAUUGGUAAACUUACAGAACAACUUAUUGAAAUAACAUCAUUUUUACAAAAUAAUUCUGAUAAUGUUAUUAUUAUUAAUUUACCCGAAGGUAAUUCACUUACGAGUUAUAUUCGUUUUGUUAUAUCAUCAAUGUGUAUUGGUCAAUUAAAUUAUGAUGAUAUUGAUGAAAAUACAUUAAAAAUAUAUCAUAAAAAACUUGAUUAUACAGCAAGUUUUAAUGAUUCUAAAGGACUUAUUGAUGUAUCAAUUGAUGCAAUACAAAAUAUUGAUGAUGAACAAUUUCAUUUAGAUGAAAAAAAUGAUUGGGUUCAAUUAUCUAUGAAAGAUUUUGAUGAAGCUAAACAAUCAUUACAAAUUAGUCCUAUACCACGUCUUGCUAUUGUUAUUCUUAUUGUUGGUACACGUGGAGAUGUUCAACCUUUUAUUGCAUUAGCUAAAACAUUACUUAAUUAUGGUCAUCGUGUACGUCUUGCUACACAUGAAACAUUUCGAAAAUUUGUACGUGAUAAUGGUAUUGAAUUUUAUCCAUUAGCUGGUGAUCCAGCUGAUUUAAUGUCAUUUAUGGUUAAAAAUGCUGGUAUUGUUCCAUCAGUUAGUAGUAUUGUAGCUGGUGAUGUUAAAAAAAGUCGUCGUAUUAUUGCUGAUAUACUUAAAUCUACAUGGAAAGCAUGUACUGAUCAUGAUGAUGAAACAAAUGUACCAUUUAUAGCUGAAGCUAUUAUUGCUAAUCCACCAUCUUAUGGCCAUAUACAUUGUGCACAAAAAUUGCAAAUUCCACUUCAUAUAAUGUUUACAAUGCCAUGGUCACCAACAAGUGCUUUUCCACAUCCAUUUUGUAAUGUUAAUAAUGAUAUUGGACCAAUUGAUCGUCUUAAUAGACUAUCUUAUGGUGUUGUUGAAAUGUUGACAUGGUCUGGUUUACGUGAUCUUAUUAAUGAAUUUCGUGAAGAAACUCUUCAACUUUCAUAUUUACAUACUCAUGAAGCAGUUCAUGCAAUGAUUUUAGAACACGUUCCCCAUACAUAUUGUUGGUCACCUUCUCUUGUUCCUAAACCAUCUGAUUGGCCUGAAUAUAUUAAUGUAUCUGGUUUUUUCUUUCUUGAUCUUGCAAAAAAUUAUCAACCACCUGAACAUCUUACUCGAUUUCUUGAAACUGGUGAACCACCAAUUUAUAUUGGUUUUGGUUCAAUUACUGGUCAUGAUUCACGUCGAAUAUUACAAAUUGUUUUAGAAGCUUUAAAUACAACAGGAUAUCGAGCAUUACUAUCUGGUCUAGCUAAUGAUGAUGAUCAAUUACCUGAUAAUGUUUUAAAAAUUGAUAAUUGUCCACAUGAUUGGUUAUUUCAAUAUGUUGCUGCUGUUUGUCAUCAUGGAGGUGCAGGUACAACAGCUGCUGGUCUUCGUGCUGGAAAACCAACAAUAAUUGUUCCAUUUUUUGGUGAUCAAUUUUUUUGGGGAACAAUGGUUUGGAAAAGUGGUGCUGGUGCACGACCUAUACCUGGUACACGUUUAAAUGUUAAUGAACUUAUUGAAGCAUUUAAAUUAGUACAUCAAUCAGAUAUAUGUGAAGCUGCUAAAAAUUUACAACAUGCAUUUCAAAAUGAAAAUGGUUGUGAUAAUGCUGUUCAAGCAUUUCAUUUAAAUUUACCAUUAAAAAAUAUGCAAAGUGAUCUUGAAUCAUCAUUUGGUGCAUGUUAUUAUUUAAAAGAUUAUAAUUUAAAAAUUUCACGUCCUGUUGCACAAGUACUUGUUACAGCUGGUAUGAUUAAAGAAAUACAAUUAAGUUUACAUUCAACUUAUAAUUGGAAUAAAUUAUCAAAUGAUAAACGUCCUCAUAUUCCUUUACUUGGUAUAAUAAAACAUGGACAAAAAGCAUUGAAUUAUUUAUUUGUUGAUACACCGAAAAAUUUAAAAGAAGUAAAAAAUUCAAGUAAUUUUAUUAUAGGUGCACGUGAUGGUGCUGAAUGUAUACUUAAAGGUGUUGGAAAAAGUCUUGGACAUGCAUCAAUUGGUUGUUUAUCAUUUUAUGGUGAUAUAACUGAUGCACUUGAACGUUUACCAAUAUUAUAUGAUCCAUAUUCUGAUAGUGAUGAACGUCAACGACCACAUAUUGAUAAUUUUCAAUCGGGAGCUAAAGCUGCUGGAAAAUCUGUAUGGCAUGGAUUUAAAGAUGGUGUAGUUGGAUUAAUAAAUAAACCUCGAACAGGUUAUCAACGACGUGGUAUAUUAGGUGUUGCUACUGGUGCUGCUGUUGCUAUACCAAAUAGUAUAAUUAAACCUGUUGCUGGUACAUUAGCUUCAAUAACUUGGUUAAGUCGAGGUGUUUAUGCUCAAGCAAAAAUUUUAGUACAUAAAAAUGAUAAAAAUUCGAAUGAUGUAUUAUUAUUAAAUCCUAAUCGAGAUCAACAAAUAUUAUCUCGAUUGAAACUUUCUGAUGAAGAUAUGUCACCGGAAAAUCGAGCUGCAAUUGAAUCAGGUCUAACAAUUGAGAAAUGCAAAGAAAUUUUAAUUGAAUUUGAAAAAAUUAAAAAUGAAUAUAAUUCAAUGAUAAAUGAAAAUAAUAAGACAACAAUGCAGACAAAACAAAAGAAAACAAAAGCAUUAGUUCGUCAACGUAGUCAUUCAGCUGCGUAG